AUGGCCGGAUCACAAGAUAGAAGGAAGCCUUUUAAGGGCAAAAAGUUCCAUAAGGAUCUUAGAGAUUAUAAGAAUCAAGAAAUCAAAAGAUCUCUUGUUCAUAGAGCCCGUUUAAGAAAGCAGUACUUCAAGCUCCUUGAAGAAGAGGGAGAAGCUGCCCCAAGACCUGAAGAUUCCGAGAACAGAGAUGGCCUGAGUGACGGCAGCGAGGAGGAAAACUCCGAUUCUGAUGAAGGAUCCGAUACUCCAAGAGAAAACUCAUCUUCAGUGAAACACAAGGCUCCAUUACCACCCCAAAAGGCACCUCCAAAAGUUGAACCAAAGAAAAAACCAAUGAACUUCACAGAAAGAGCUAAGGUUGCCAAAGAAAGAAAAGAACAUCAAAGAGAGGAGAAACUAAGGCGAGUCCAAGAAAGGAUACGUAACAUUGAACAAAAACAAAAGGAAAGAGAGAGGAGGAAAGAAAGCCUAUCGAGAAGAACCAAAUCUGGUCAACCUGUUAUGGGACCAAAGAUCAACAAUUUAUUGGAUAAGAUUAAGAACAAUCAAUAG